AUGCUCCUGCUUCUGUUGCUGGUGGCAGCGUCGCAUCAGGUCCUCCUUGUUGGCGCUACGAAAUGCUUCUCUCCUCAACUUGAGCGCAAUCUCUCUUUUUUCGCCGGCGAGUGUUCGGCAAAUGGAACUCGAAGAGUGGUGGGAACCAUUCUUCCUGGUAGCUAUACGUGCAAAGGGCCCAGUGGCUCUGCCUUGUCGGUAACGAGUGGGAUCCAAAGCGAUGAACUUUGCAGCGUGAGCUGCAAAGCAGGCCAGUUCCUGAGCUUAGGUGGAGCAGGAGAAGACCCGCCCCGAGCUCAGUGCAAGAAUUGCCCACAGAACACCUUCAGCGUCGGAGGAGGAAGAACCAUCUCAAUAUGGAGCACAAGGCUGCUGCAGGGUGACGUUGGAGGGAUGAACCUCCCGUCGGAGGAGAGCCCGUUCCACUCCUUGUGCUAUGGGUUCAACUCGACGAGCUUUGAGCAGAGCGGCGACAUUGGUCAAGCAUGGCAGGAGGGAUACAAGUGCGAAUCGUGGAAGCCAACAGGGGACGGGAAAACUUCGUCAGGGAACAAUCGACAGAUUUCGAAGGUGAGGAGCGAGCUCCAUAUGAAGCUUCGAUUCAUCACCAAGGGGAAGAUAUGGUUCACCUUCCGAGUGGAUGCGGAUGCUAUGACAGAGGAGGAGCCUUGUCCUUGGCUAGAAGGAAGCACUGGGUUGGAUGACACGUGGGAAUGCGAGGACGGGACCCUGGGCAACAGCAGCUUCGAUUGCAACUUCCAUGGAGGACGAGCGCGCUGCCCGAGCAAUUUUCCAGAGAUGUGCGCACAGCCGAACUUGUGUGCUGGAGGACUGGCCUACUGCUGCAGCAUCGACUGCAGUACGUUCGGCGGGCCUCGGCUCUGCCCGGGCUCGGGUGGGCUUCAGGUUCUGCUGUGCAAGGACGAUCGUGUCAGGAAGUGCAGACCCAUUCCUCUGCGACCGCUCCCCUUCCAGUCCAGAUUUUACGUCUCUUCUGAGAUGCAGUGGCGGUGGGUCGAGUUUGACGUUCCUGCCGGGUGGGUGGAAGUGGUCUUCAACUACAUCCGUGAUGGCGCUGUUGCGGGGCAAGACGAGGCCAUGAUCGGCGAACUGGGAUGGGUGGGAACGAAAAUGGCGGACUUGGAAUGUUCCGCCUGCCCAGUAGGAAAGCAGAGUGUCGAGGGAGCGUCGAGAUGCUCGUCAUGCGGGAGAGACGAGAUCUUUGACAAGGACAGUGCAUCCUGCCAGCCUUGUGCCUCCAACUUCUACGCCUUCCCAGGCUUCGACAAGUGUCUCCUGCGCCCCACCUGCUCCAUGACGGACUACGUGGCGAAGUUCUCAGAGUGUGAUGAAGGAGGCAAGCGGAACAAGUGGUUCGAGUGGCUGGAACCCAAGAUCUGUGAGGGAGGAGUUCAUCUUCCUCCUGCCCACAACGGGGUCAGCUGUCCUCCCUGUGCAAGUGGAAAGUACCGCGACGGAAAGAUCUGCAAGGAUUGUCCUCCCGGCCACUACAGCGAUCAGGACAUGCUGUGCAAGAUGUGUCCUCCUGGACAUUACGCUCCUCGAGAACGAGUAAUCACUGAGUUCAGAGAGGAGAACAUGGAGGCGGGUCUGUCGACAGGAUGUGUUGGUUUGUGCGGGUCGAAGGGAUGGCGCGGACGUGUAGACUUCAUUGAUUCUGGCUUUCACCACCUGGCUCCUGCUGAGUCUUGGCUGCAACUCGAUCUCAACAUGAGCGAUGCGGGGUCAAUAGAGUUUGUCUACGGGCUCAAGUGCAACCCCCUGCUCUCUUCGUUCGUGCUGACAGUGGACGGCAAGAGGCAAGUGCUUCAGGCUACCUGCGCAAACGGAAGCACAACAGAACAAGGAAGGAGAGUGCGAGAAAAGUUUCCCAUCCGUGCAGGGGUUCACAAGGUUCGCUGGACGUUCCGACGGGUGUCGAGUCAACUUCCAGGAUCGGGAGCGUCGGACUUCAACGGCUUCGACGAUCAGGCUCAGAUCUUUGAGAUGGCUGUCACCAACACUGACACCGGAGGAGCCUCCAAAUGCCUUCCCUGUCCUCCUGGUCUCUUCAGCUCCCAACCCUCAGCUCGUUGUUCGCCGUGUGCUCCUGGCUUCACAGGAUCCUCCUCCGAAGCCUCCAGCACGUGCAAGGCUUGUGAGGAGGGGAAGUUUGCGCCAGUGUCCGGCUCGCCUGCGUGCAGGGUCUGCGGGGAAGGAACGAGGUCCGGGGAGGCGGCAGUGUCCUGCUCCUGCGUGUACAACAGGACAGAUUCCGGAGGAAACGCUCACCUGCUGUACAAUACGUCGAGGAUGAAGGGCAGGAUCUUCGGACCUCUGCUCCUGCGCGGCAAGGACAUGAUGGGGGCUCGCAGCCUCGUGCUCUUCCUCUCCUUCUGCUCCACUCUGCCACCCUUAGCAGGAGCGCAGGGGCCGAGCGCGGUGACCGUUGGGUUGAACUCGUCCUGGCAGCCGGAGGGAUGUGCUGGAGUUUUUGCUUGCAUAGCAGAGUGGGACAGUGGGGUCCUUCCAUCCAAGUCAGCCAGUGAGGACGACUUUUUGUCGUUAGGGAGUUCAGACGCUCUCGUUCUCAACGCUGGCUCGCAGCAGGGCUUUUCGGACCUGCCCGACUUUCUCAGUCACAGGAAAAUCGAGGACUCCGUCGACUCCGCUGGCAUCCAUUGGAGGAGCGGGGGAGGGUUCACGCUGACGCUGGGAGGAGGAGCCUCCUGUCCGAUGAGUCAAGGGAAGAGGAUCGAGACUAGAGUCUACGCGCUCUGCCAGCUGCCCGAGCAGGGGACGGACGCGUCCAGGGUACCGGAAAAGAUGCGCGUGAUGAAAGAAUGCGGCGACCGGCUCUGCGAUGAAGUGGCCGGUGCUUGCGUGUUGCAUGUCAUGUGGGAGACACACUUGGCUUGUCCUGUGUGCACGUUCGACAGCUACGCUAAGGUAAGCACGCCUUGUAUCAACGGGCGCCACGACGUCUCCUUCAAGAUGGUGAAGGAAUGUUUCGGAGGCUUUUCGAUGCCUCAGGAUCUCGUGAAUGUACAUUGCGAGAUCGACUUCCGCAGUCUCUUCGGACCCGGCGACCUCGUCGCCCUCGGCAUCCUCUGCCUCCUGACCCUCGUCAUGUUUGGGAUCUUCUUCGAAAGGUACGUCAUGUACAAGAAGUUGUACAGCCGAUACAAGAGCCUUGAGCAUCAGUCAGGGGGAGAUGCUCAUUCGUCGCUUCCCGGCAUGAUUCUUUAA